AUGGUGGCCCGGUCCUAUGUUUGGUGGCCCGGCCUGGACCAGGACAUCGCUCACUUGGUGCAGAGCUGCCAAAUCUGCCAGGAGUAUCAGCGAACCUCGCGUCACGUGGAAAUCACCCCCUGGCCGUUCCCACAGAGACCGUGGUCCCGCCUACAUGUGGAUAUUGGGGGACCCUUCAAGGGCCAUUACUUCCUGGUGGUGGUGGACGCCUUUUCAAAGUGGGUGGAGGUUCUACCUGUCACCACUUCAUCAGCAGGCGUGACCAUUGCAGCGCUACGACAGGUCUUCGCCGCAAAGGGGUUGCCGGAUAUCAUCGUGUCCGACAAUGGUCCUGCUUUCGCCAGCACAGAUUACUUGGCCUGGCUGACGAAGAACGGAAUCCGCCGGAUGAUGGUUCCGCCGUACCACCCUGCUUCAAAUGGUGCAGCUGAGCGGGUGGUGCGAACCAUCCAAGACAAGCUCAAGAAGAGCCAGACUGGGGUUUUCCGGACGCAGAUUACCCGGAUACUCUUUCAGUACCGGGUAAUCUUUCAGUACCGCCCCACAAUGUCACUGGCCGUGCCCCCUGUGAGCUCCUGCUAG